AUGGUUGGUAAUAUUGGAAAUACAAAGAUGGGUAUUUAAUUUUUAUCUCAAAAGCUUCCUCAUAUUUCACUAUUACACCCUUUUUCGAAUUCCAAAAUAAUUUUAUCUAUUAUCCAUUCACUAUUUUUAGUCUCAUAAUACUAUUAAGUGUGUUAUUUUACUUAUGUUUUUUCAAUUUAGAAGUAAACUAAAAGAGAUAAAAGGUUAAGUAUUUGGAAGGGAGAACAAGUCUUUUGUGUUCAAUAAUAUUAUUUACAAUUUAAACUCUAUAAAUACCAUGUUAUAAGUUUUACAUAUAAUAAAUAAUUGUUGCUAACAAUAAAAAUUAGACUAAUUAACUAAUAAUUAAUAUAUGUACUUUAAUUUUGUAUUUUUUAUAUGUUUUAGUUUGUGAAUAUUUUUUAAGAAUUUAUUCUUUCAUACCAUAUCAUCCUAUGUAAUAAAAAUUUACAAAGUUAAGAAGUUCAUUAAUAUUAUUAAAUUUAAUAGCAAUAAUAUUGAUUUUAGAUGAUUAAUCAAAAUUAUACAAUUUAAUUGGUUUAUUUGUUUUACAUAUGAUAUUUGUCAUUAAAAGUGUAAAUCAUUUAUAUUAUUAAUCAGAUAUUCCUAAUAAAAAUAUGAUGGAUUUUUAAAUCUCAUUCACUUUAGAAUCAUUAGCAAUUUUAAUAACUUUAAAUGUUUCAUCUGAAAAUCAUAUUUUUGCUGAUGAAUAAAUAUCAAUAUACAUUAUGUUUGUCUUAAGUCUUGGAUUGAUAUUAGGAAAUCAUUUAUUUUCUUAUCUUUAUCCAUAUAACUUUAAUAAAUAAACUAGAUAACUCAAUUUAAUAUAUGAAUUAUAUUCUAACAUUAGUAAUAUAAAUUCAAAUUCAAUAACAAGAUAACAUUUACUCAUAUAUUAAUUAAUCAAUAAUGAAAAGUUUUCAAAAUUUAAAUAAAAGGCUAUUAUUGUUAAUAAAAGUUUAAAUAUGUUUAAUUAUUAUAAAUUAGGAUUAUAUUUGAUAACUGAAAUAUUUAUUGAUAUAAUAAAACAAUAAAAAAAUUAAAUAGAAGAAAUAUAAUUGUUAUUUGUAUCUUUUUUGACAUUUGUAAGAAAAAAGCCACUUGUUGCUUAUGUUGAAUAUAAAAGAUUUGAAUAGAAUAUUGAUUAUCAAAAAUCUUAUUAUUUUGGUUUUAUAAAAAGAAGGAUUGAUUUACAUAUACAAAAAAGAAUUUCAGAAGUAUAGAAGAUUUAUCAAAAUGAAUAACUUUAAUCAAUUAAAAAUGAUAUCAAUAAUGAAAAAAGAAUUACUACACUUGAAUUAUAUUAAUUUUGUUAAUUGGAAGAGUAAUUUUAAAAAGCACUUCUUGAUAUUAUUUAAUAUAAAAUAAAUAUAUGGAAAUUUUAGAUAUAAGGAUGUUAAUCAAUAUAUGAUUUUUAAAGUUUUGCACUUCCAUUAAGUAAAAAAAUAAUAGAUUGUAUUUUAUAUUUAAGAGAAUAAUAAAUUAAUGUAGUAAAAGAAGAAUAUAUAAAAUAAUGUGAAAAUAUUCUAACUUUGAAAAUAUGUUCUAUGUUUCAUAGUUUUGUAUUAAAUGAUUACUGUAUCUCUUUUUUAUGUGAAUAGAAAAUUUCAGAUAUAAUAAAAACAGAAACUAUAUUUGAAUAAAAAACAUUAUCAAGAUCAAAUAUUUUAUAAGAUAAUACUAUUUUAGUAGUAUUAAGUAUAGUAAAACAAUUAGGAUAAAUAAUAAAUGUAAAUAAAAGUCAAUUAGCAAAUUAUUUUGAAUAUUCUAUAAUGGAAUUUAAUUAAAUUAAUAAUAUUAAAGAAUUGAUGCCAUAAUAUUUUGGUUAAUAACAUGAUAAAUUUCUAUAAUCUUAUAUUAAGGAAGCAAAAACAGAUCUUGUGUUUAAAGAUGUUAUUACAUUUGGUAAAACUAAAACUGGAUUUAUAAUACCAUAAUAUAUUAACAUUUAUAAUAACUAUAAUAUUAUGGAUGAUUUUACUUUAAUUGGUGGUCUGACAAAAAUAAAGGAAUCCAAAAAUUAUCUAUUAUUUGAUGAAUCUGGUAGAUUUAUUGGUAUUACUUAAGAAAUGAGUAAAUUAUUAAUACCAAAAGAUAAUUAAGAAUUCUUCUUAUAAAAUAUUGAUCUAUUUUAUGUCUACAUGUUUCUACCUCAUAUACAUUUGUAUGUUAAUGAUAUGAUCUAAAAUAAAGAAGAAAUUAUCUUAUAAAAAUCAAUUAUUCUUUAUGUAUACAAAGAUUUAGUUUAAUUAUCUAAAAUUCAUGAAUCUAUUUUCUCAUCAUUUUAAGCUUAAUCACAUAAAUAGAUUGAGUAAACUAAAACUUUUACUUAAUUUGAAUAUCUAAAUUCUAUGAUUAAUAGUCCAAGAAGUGGAAUGAAUUAAAGAUUGAUUACUGAUAUAAAAUCAUUUUAAAAUAAUUAAUAAGAAAAUCCUUUUAUUAUAGAUCCUAAUAGAUAACCUUAAAAUGAUUUAAAAUAAGAUGGAAAAUGUAAUUUAUCAACAUUAUAUUAAUAAAAAGAAUAAUAAAUGAUAGACUUUCUAAAUGCUAUUGAUGUAAUACUAUUACUAUAUUUAGGAGUUAUAAAAAACCAUGUAUCUCUGUACAGCUAAAAUAUAAUUUGUUGAUUAUGGUAAAAAACUAUAAAAAUAAAAUUAUUUCAUAUUUGAUUGCUCUGAUUUUAUUGAUAAAGGCAUUCUAUAAGAAGAUGAAAAGAAACAAUUUAUAGCUUAAUAAAGUGAAUUACAUAAUUAGAAUAUUCGAAAUUGUAAUAAAAGACCAAGUUAAUUUAUUUAAUCAAUACAUAAAAGUUCUGAUUAAUAAAUGGAUUCUUCAAUUAUAAGUCCUAAUGGAUCUCAAAUAUAAUAAUAAUAUCUUGGUUAACAUUCAGAAAGAAAUCAAAUUGUUAAAAGUAUCAAACAAAAUUAAUCUAAAUAAAUUGAUAUAAUGGAUUAAGUUGAAUCAUAAAGUAUUCAUGAAGUCAUUAGUAAUGAUCAGAUAAUGGAAAGAAAUAAUAAAAAUGAACAUCAAUCAAAUUAAGGACCAUUACUUGAAUCUUAAUCUAGUGGUAAAUCUGGUUCAUCUUCAUAGACAGCAAUUGAAAUUGUCAACAAAUUUAAAACACAAACUUCUCUAAUUUCUAGUCUAACUAUUAUAUCAAUCUUAAAAUUUAUAAUAAUUAUGCUAUUUAUUAUAUUUAUGUCAAUAGAUUUAGUUCAAGUUAGAGAUUUUAAUAAUCAAGUAAUCAAUUUUAUAUCUGAAAUAAGUUUACCUAUUAAUUUUAACAAAUAUUUUUUAAAUGUAUUUACUCAUUCUUGGAUAAUUUCUAUGAAAAAGUUGAAUAUCUUAAAUACAAGUUAAUUUAUUGAUAAUCAAUUAUAAGAAUAAACUGAAAUUAUGAAAAGUACUUUUUUAAAUCUUACAAAUAUGUAUGGAAGUUUUAUAUCUCUUGAAGAAAGUCAUUACUUAGAUGAAAUAUAAAUAAUUCAUUUAGAUUAAAAUCUAACAAUAGAAGAUAUUGAAUUUACUGGAUAUUUGUAUUAUCUUGAAUAAGUAGGAUUUAGAUUAAUAUAUAGUGAUAAUGAAUAAAAUUAUUUAAGUAAUCUUUUAAAAUAUAGGAUAAAUUUUGGGAAUAUUGUUAAUAAUAAUGAAAAGGUUAUUGCAUCAUUGAGUUCAUUUUUUUAAAUUUAAUAAGAUGGAAAAAUUUCAACAUUUUUUAAUUCAAUAUUAAUUUAAAUAAUAAUAAUUGGCUUAGUUAUUAUAUCUUAAUUGUUUUUUUGGUAAAAAAUAGAGUUAUAUUGUUAAAGAAUAUUGAUGUUAUCAAAUAGAUUAAGUGAAAAAGCAGCAGAAACUCAAAUUAAUAAAUUUAAAUUAAUAAUCUCUGUAAUUAAAUAACUUUAUGGUUAAUUUGGUUAUAAAUAGAGAAAUUGUUAUAAACUUUGUUAUACUGAUUUCUCAUAAAAAAAAGUCAAUUUAAAAUAAAUAAAUAAAUUAAAAUAUUAAUAAUCUCUUUUUAAUUAAAAUAGUUAAAAUUAAGGUGAAUCAUAAAAUAAAAAAUCUACAUAAUUAACUAUUCCUUUGAAUUCUAGAAUACAAAAUCUAUCUAUAAAAUUAAUUAUAGAAAGUAUCUUAAUAAUAUUCUUAGCUAUUUUAAUAAUUUUGUAUUUCAUUGGUUCUUAUUUGAUAUUUUAAGAUUAGAGUUUAUAAUUAUCACCUACUUAAGAAUUAGCUAUGGAUUAUAUCUCAUUUUAUAUUGAUUUUGAAAAUACUAUUGCAAUAUUGUUAAUAGUUAAAUCUGAAUAAUAGAUUUAUAAUUUUAUGAAGGAAAUUAUUCCAUCUUAUACUCAAACUAUAAGCAAUUAUUAAAGUUAAUUAAAUACAAUUCCUCUUCUACUUAGUGUUUAUAGUUCUGAUCACAGUAAUUUCAAUGAUAUUUAUGAUAACAUUAUAGAAUCUGAUGCUAUGAAUGGAGAGGAUGAAACAUAUAUACUAGGGUUAUAUAAUGGAGACUUUUGUAUAUUUUUAUAAUCUGAAAUUCCAUUCUGUAAUAGAGAAUUAAGUAAAAUUGAUUUUGAAAAUAAAUAUGGUAAGUAUAAUAAUAAAGAUAAUAAUUCAGAUUAUUUAAGUAAAGGCAUUUCUGGAAUGGUAAGUAGAAUGGAUAAUUUUCUCACUUAAUAUUUUGAAACUGAAAUUCUAACAGGAAAACCAGUUUAAGACUUUGUAUUAUUAAACUAAUAAAUUAAUACAUAGGAUUUUAAUAACAUCAUUAUAUAAUAUUAGCUAGAUACAUAUAUAGGUUUUGAAGCCUUUAUUUUAAGGAUGUAAGAAUGUAUAAUAUCUGUUAUUGAAGAUUAGCAAUAUUAAUACAAUAUAUAUUAGAUAAUAGUUGGUGUUAUAUUUAUUUUAUUUCUCCUUUCUUCAUCUGUUUUUGUGGUAGUGAAAGUCAAUUUAAGAUUAAUUUAUAUUAGAUUAUUGAUAACUUUGUUGCCAAUAGAAAUUAUGCUUGACAUAUAUACCAUUUCUUUAUUGAAACUUUUAAGAUGA